AUGCAGGUUUCAGAACUCCCAAAAUCAGAAUUUGAUAUAUAUGAGCCUCUCCAUCGUUAUCCUAUCAAUCAGAGGUCUGAAAACGACGUGGACACACGUCAGACACAUCAUUCCUACUACUCUGAUGACUCAUCAGCUCACCCUAUUUUCUUACUGCUCUUAUCGUAG